AGUCAAACAUUACAUGAGCUCAUGUAACUCAUGAUCCCCCUCCAUUAUUUUUAAGAUCUAUUUUAACCCUGAGAACAUCAGAGGAUUAAGUUGGAUACACUAAACCACUGCCUGCGGGGCUUCCCUGACCCCCCCUGACCCUGGGUCCCUCCCUGUACCUGUGAUUAUACACAUUGGCAUGUGGUGGGAGUAGGAACGUCUCUAUGUUGAGUGGAGGCAUGCAGUAGCAGAGUGCUAAUGAGAAUGGAACACAGAGAUGUAUUGUAAUCUCUGAACUGGACCGGUAGUUGUGUGGUUACAGACAGCCUUAUUGUUAGUUUGUCUUAGGAUGUUAGACUCAUAGGACAUUUAAAAAUUUAACAGAUUUUCAGCUGAGAUGUAAAAGAAAAGUUGACAACUAGGAAAGAGCACCUUACAACAUGGAUUUUUACUUUGCUGCUGUUGUUGUGUUGGCGUCUGCUUUGACUGUACUAUCCUGUCCCCCUCAGUGUCAGUCCUGUUCUAGAGGCACCGCUGACUGUCGGAGUAAGGGUCUCAGAGACAUUCCAGGGAAAUUUCCAAGUGACACAGUUACUAUAGACCUCACAGAAAAUCAGCUUACAGACAUUCAACAGAGUGAUUUCCAAGGACUACCUAAUGUCCAAAACCUAAGACUUUCCAGAAAUGGACUCAGUGCCAUAACACCGAGAGCAUUUAAAAACUUAGAACAACUUAUGAGUCUGGACUUGUCCUUGAAUCCAAUCACCAGAAUUCAUGAUAAAGCAUUCGAAGGUUUAUCACAUUUAAGGUCUCUGACAUUGACCAAUACAAAACUUCGCCGAAUUGGAAAGCCCUUCAAUGAAAUCCCAAAUAUUAGUUCUUUGUACCUUGGCUACAAUCAACUUGAACAAAUUGAGGAGGAUGACUUUGAAAUGACAACACGUGUCCGAAGCAUAGAUCUCAGUGUCAAUCGUAUUCAAUCCAUCCAUCCCCGAGCGUUUGAGAACCUCCCCUACCUCAGAUACCUCAUUCUGAAGAACAAUCCUAUUGUAGAGGCUAAAGGGCUGAGAUUCUCUUCCAGCAUGUUACAGCUGGUGGACUUUUCUCAGUGUGAGCUGAAAAGUGUGCCUGGCCCACUGCCUUCAUCAGUUGCAGAUUUGCGUCUGAGCAACAACAAGAUCACAAAAAUCAUGGCAACAGAUUUUGAGAACAACACCAACCUACAGCUUCUAACCCUAAAUGAAAACAUGAUUUCAGAUGUUGAGUACAUGGCCUUUGCAACCACGAGCAACUUGCAAGAACUUUGGCUUAACAACAACAAGCUAACCAUGAUCCCUAGAGGUCUGCCAAUAGCAUUAGAAAAACUUUACAUGGAUCAGAAUGAAGUCCAUGACAUUGAGUCCGGACUUUUUGGCAAAAAUGCCAGUUUGGAGACACUAUCUUUGAACAUGAAUGCUGUACGACAAAUUCUGAGCAACUCCUUCUCUGGAUUACAAAAUUUGUCUACUAUCUAUCUUAAGGGGAACAAUAUCCAAGAAUUAGUCAGUGGAACAUUUACUGACAUGUCAAGUUUGAAGGAAAUCGACUUAUCUAAUAAUCCUCUAAAAAGAAUCCAAUCCAAAGCUUUCAAGGACUUACCAAGUCUGCAUGACUUGCAAAUGUCUUACCAGGAACAAAGUGAUGUCACAGUGGCUGACGAUUUUCUUCCUGGGAUUCAAAAUGCCAAAUUCCUUCAAUUUAUGAAUAGUCCAGGAAUGGCAAAAAACUUUUUGAAACUCAUUGAAAAGACUAGAGUUACUUUUCCUUCCAUAAAAGUGAUUAAUCUGGAGUAUAAUGAACUAAAUACUUUACCAUCUAACCUAAAAAAUGCCCUGGUCAAUUUAGAAAUGAUGACCCUGGAUGGUAACCCCCUGCAGUGUGACAGAAGACUGUUAUGGUUGUGGGAAUGGAUGAAGGUAUCCAGUGUUAAGUUCUACAGCUUUGAGGCACCAACCUGUGCCGGACCAACAGAAGUCAAAGACCGCAAACUACAGAGUCUUCUAGUGAGUGAAUUUACGGACGCACCAGAAACAACAGAGACAAACUCUGGUCCCCCAGCAAAACCAGAGGUCAGCACCCAGGGUAGGAAGACCACAGGGAGACAACAGGAUAACACAGUAAAGCAGGACACUGACUCCACAACAGGGGAGGUCACGGCCAAACAGGAGAGAGUUCAAGGUUCAAAGGCCAACGGAGAAAUCAAGUCCACAGGAAAUUCUGCCAGGAAAACUACAGGUAAAAAGCAAAAAGGUCCUUCUGGGAAAAAGAAACAAAACAAACAGAAAAACGGAAAGAAAAAGAGAAACCCCAAGAAAAACACCAAGAACAGAAAACGUAAUAAGAAAAAUGGUAAGAAGGGGGCAAAGAGGGGAAAGAGAAAAAUUCCCAGAAAGUGCACCAAGCUGCCCACAGGGGAAAGGAGGUGCUGUCGUAGGCUGAAAAAUGGCACAGAAAGAUGCAGGACCCUUAAGCCUAGAGUCAGAAAAAACAGCUUACGAAAUCGCAAAUUACGUAGGACAAGAAAGCGAAACACAAGAGCUCGCAAAACUGCAUGAAAAACAUUUGUGACUUUGUCCAGUGUGCAUGAAUGCUAGCUUAUAUUUCUAGACUUCCUUGAUCUGUGUAAUGUUCAAGUGAAAUAACUUUAGUCUUUGCAUGUUGUACCUGGAUUUCAUCUGAAAUGCAGUUCACUUACGAUGUUUUUAUGUUGAUUAUGAGGCAUGUAAAAAAAAAUGGGACUUCCCCUCAAAACUGUUGUUCUGUCUAGCAUGACUAAGAAUUUCUCUGAUUUUUUUCUUGUUAGUAUUUUGAAAUGCCCUCCUCCUGGCACUAAAUCAUCAUCACAUUAAGUUUUUCUUAGGCAAUUUUAUCAAAUUAAGCUUCUUGAAAAUGUAGUGUUUUAAAAGUCCAUAGUGAUAUUGCAUUUCACUGUUCUUUUCCAUGUCAGUCUAAGAAUGUUUUCUUUGUUACUUUUCCCUUCCAAAAGCUUUCAUUUAUAAUCCAAAAUCAUUAACCAAUUCAUUUAGUUCAAGUGUUAUUUAUGAGUGUUUUUAAUCAUUGAAAAAGUUUGAUAUUUUCUUAUUAAUAAUUUUUUUUAGUUUUAACACAAUAAUAUUUUCUAUUUUUAAAUAAAAUCGUGACAUUUCAUAAUAUCUAAAGCUAAUCUAUGCAAAUCUUCAAAUACAAAGAAUUUUGUAUAUAGUAUAUAUAUCAAAUUAUAAUAAACGUAUGGCCAAUCAUAAUUUGGUUCAGAUUUUCAGUAUCUAAAAUGCUUAUUUUUGUAAACUUUUACUAUGCAAAUAAAUGAUAGAUAGAUAA